CUCCUCCUCCCUGCCCAAGGUGCUAUUCUAUUCUUCCCACGACCAGCUGCUCUUUCGACACACGCCCCCCCUUCUUCUAUUCAUCUGCUACGGAUUACAGCUUUUUCCUGCUACCAAUACUACGCCACCAAGCUUCUUCCUUAGCUCCCGCUGCUUGCUUGCCUGCGUCCUCGCCUCUGCUUCUGCAAGCUGCACGUCCAUCGUAUCGACUGCCGAGCAAGCCUUCCAUCCCGUCUCCAGUCUUUGCCGCCAAACACCUACUUGCGUCUCCUCCAUCUGCUCGCCCGCUCUUCCACUCCCGAGCCUUCUCUCUUUCUCGCUUGGCCAUCCACACCCCUCCCCCCCUUUCUACUGUCAUCGGCCUACUCUGCUUGCCUGCUUGCUUCUGCGUCGAGUAGUAGCUAGCUAGCUAGCUUCUGGUAUCAUAUCACUGCUACUGCGGAUACUACUGCGGAUACUACUGCUAUAACCAAGCUAUAGCUGUACACCAUCUCGGUCGACGGCAUUCCUUGGGCAUCCCCAUCCGCAGUCGAAACCACCCCCUUCACGCGCCGCUUCUCUAGCUCGACUCCAACGUCCACACACCCCCUUCCGUCUCUCGCCAACCCUUCCGAGUCGUCCGUCGCAGCCGUUUUUUUGGGCUUCCACACCUCACCUCGACUACGACGCCCCCGUAUACCGCCGCGCUUGCGCUUCGCCUUGUCCACCUGCCCAUUCUCUAGCCACACUUUGCGCCCCAGAGCUCCCCGACACUCCCGGCAUUCCCAUCAACUCGUCCCUCCGAAGCUAUACUAUACUACGACGCUAGACGACGCGCAGCCCCAUCCGCCACCCCCAGCUUUGCUCUGCUCUCUGCUUGCUGUUGCUACUGCUGUUGCCUCUGUUGCCUUUUAGCCCUGCUGCCUGCGCCUGCUACGCCUCAUCGUCCGCGCAAGACGCUCCACGCAACCAUCACUGCGUGCCUAAACCUUGUUUUGAGGUAUACCUAGGCAUAAGACAGCUCUCCCUCUACCGCCCUCGCUUGUGUGGCCAAUAUAACUUGGAAUCAAAGCUGCCACAGCACCGUGAUAUCCCGGGAAAGCCCUACGCCAAAACGGCAAAUACUCGAGACUAACUGCCCUGGUGGGGUUUUGUUAAUCUGCUACUACGACUACUACGCUGCCUUUGUUUAAAAGCGAAACCCGCUCUCUGCAAGCCGUCACAAGCACGCCGAUCCGAGUAACCAACCCUACGAGCCGGCCCUUUCUUCAUCGCCGCUCCUACUCUAGCUACCCACCAGACUCACACCACCCCCUUGUUCGACUAUUACUGCUGCCACACACGCUCGCCGCAACCCUAUCGCUAUCGCCUGCGACGCUUUGUGCUCUCAACACCGCCUUAUCACCCAUCUUUUUUGCCAAUACGGAAAUAAACCAUGGCUUCGUCCAACUUCCGAGACUCUAUCAACUCCCUGGGCUGGAGCCGCCGAGAUGAGCCCAUCAAUACCGCCCCCCAGCCCUCGGGCUUCUUCGGCGCCCUCCAAAACCUCAACCCUUUUCAAGAUUCAGGUUAUCUCAGCUUGCCUACACAUGACGCACCCCCAGGCGCGCCGCUGCCUGCUCCUACCCGUCGAGAGGAAGAGGAAGGGUGGUUUGCUCUCAGCCGAUGGGACCGCCUAUUGGUCUUUGGCGCAUGCAACCUCGCCGCCUUUGCAUGCUUCUCCAUCGCCUUCUUUACUUUACCCAUGCUCGCCCUCCGGCCCACCAAGUUUGUAACACUAUGGACCGUAGGCUCUCUCAUGUUCCUUUGCUCGUUUGCCGCCGUCAUGGGCCCAAUGGCAUACCUUCGUCACCUGUUGUCCGGGCCCCGGUUGCCCUUUACGGCGGCAUACUUUGGCUCCAUCUUCCUGACUCUGGUCAUGGCUCUGAAGCACCAAACAAUCCUUACGCUGCUUUGUGCCGUUGUGCAAGUCGCCUGUCUGCUAUGGUAUCUUGUCAGUUACUUCCCUAUGGGCACACAGAGCUUGCGCCUAGUCUCUUCGUUUGGCGCCCGACAGGCUACGUCCUGGAUGAGCGGUUAAGUAACAAACGCUGUUUUAUUAUGACGAUGUAAACGACACGUUACUCUGAGUGGUGCCAGCAAAAAAAGUUUGUAUAAAUGUAUUAAUCAAGAACCGCUCUGUGGGGGAUAGUUGGGAUGGCGAGUCAAUCUGCCGCACUCCAUGUAAGAUACUGUAGGAAGGGGGCGAUAUUAUAUUACACAUUCCAUAGCAAUUCAUCACUGUCUGACUUUUG